UCUUCUCGGUUCCACCCAGAGUUAGGGUUGCCCCUCGGCUCCCAAGGGACAGCUCUCAUUCCCCAUUUCCGUACAUCUCUAGCGAAUGGCUAAGAAAAAGUGAAGAGCCAAGCUUAGAUGCAGGCUCCGGACUGAGCACGCGAGAGACAAGCAGAAGAGGCUUCGUGUUCCCUUGGCCUGCUGCUGACAUCUGCAGUGAAACUAGGCAGCGGCCACACUGCUGUGGCAGAAGGCAGUCACCAACUGGAAGGUCUCUAAUUAGUCUUGUGGCCCCUCCCACUUUUUUUCCUGGAUUCAAGGCAAUGUUGCCUCAAAACAAGGACCAGGUGCUGCUACAGAACACAGUACCCCCAGGGUGUCCCCCUCAGGUCCUCUCACAGUUUGCUGACUCCCCUCCAUCCAACUUAGCAUCUCUCUCCCCCCAUCAGUCCCUCCCACCUCCCCACCUACCUUUGCCAUCUCACAGGCCAGCCUAUUUUUCCUUCUCUUCUCUGCCACAGCCCCACUCUCCUGGGCCUCACUUCAACUCUUCCAAAUCAAAUUCUGACUGUGUUUCCCUCCCAUUCUCUUCCUCCCUCCCGAGUUUCCCCACUUUCUUUCACCAGAACUACCCUUGUCUUCCUUCACGACACUCAUCCCCUCCCCUCAACUACCAGCUGGGCGCCUCCCCUCCUCUUUCCCAUCACUCUUCUCUUUCCCAGGUACAAAAUUCCUCUCCUCACUCUUGCCAGUCUCCUCCCCACCUCCAGGGCAUCCAUAGUUCCACAGCCACGUCCCCCAGCCCCAGCCCCAGCCCCCCUUCUGGAGGGAUUUCCAGUAACAAACAAACACGGCAGUGUCCUCAAUCCAAAAACACCAGGUCCCUUGGAGUGGCAGGGGGAUGCAAGGCAAGCAAGGUGGACCCUGCAGAGUUCAAGGACCCAAUGGCCCUCGCCCAAGCCCUAGCCGACCGUGUGGGGCGCCGCAGAAUUGCAACAGAUCUCCAGCUACUGUUUCUGCGGCGCAUGUGUCUCGGCACAUCCACACCCGGCCAGGCCCCAGUCGUGGAGUAUCCCAUUUGUCUACAGUGCCUCCGGCCCCGCACCCGGUCUUGCCCCACCCCCAAGGACAAGAUGGGGGCAAGGCUUCUUGCCUUCCCUCAACUACUGCCCUGUGCUCAGGGCCAGGAGUCUGGGCCUCUCUGCAUAGGUAUUGGCUUCGGCCUCCACUUGUCUCGGGGCCAGGCCAAAGCCUUGCAUUUGCUACCACCAAAAAAACGACAAGAAGCAAGUCCUCAAGGAGAGGUCGUCCUGAGGCAACCGCCUACAACCCAGACCCCAGAAGCUCAAGUUAUGGACACAUUCUCCCAGGCCGGGCCCCUCAAGUUUGCAGGCCUCCAAUCACUAAAAUCCAGCCAAUGUUCCAUGCCUCCAGCUCAGGCACCAAGAUGGGUCACUGCCUCCCUAAGGCCCAGAUUGUCUACAGCCCCAAAGAGGUUGGCGACUCCAGAAUCUAUUCUCCAAAAGUUACCACCUUAAUUCCAGAGCAGCGGAGACCCUAUGGAACACCCUCUCCAAACCCCACCCUCCCUACCAGGACUUCUCAGACCUUAGGAAGCCACAGCAACACCUUGAAGGGCUGGCUGGCCGGAGGCCAAGUGUGUUCUCCUGCCCUGAACCCUGGAAACCCCUUGUGGAGUCUGCUCUCCCCUGGUUGAAGACCAGAAGCACCCAAGGCCCCAUUCAGCCUUCACUGUAUCCAAUAAAGUCUAACCCUGAGACUUGUGUCUGAGUCCUACUGUGCCCACAGGGUGGAUUCA